AUGGCGAGUACAACGACUGCAUUAAAAUUACAUAUUGAUAUGACUGCGCAAUGCUUUCGAUCUUUCAUUAAACAGCAGUUAACUGAAGAAGUGGCAACAUUUAUAUGUGAAGAAUUGUUAUUCUUGGUGCCGAUAGCGUUCACAUCAGUGAACAAUUUGGAAGAAUUGAAAAUGAACAUUGCUCGUCGUUAUGAAAAAAUUAGUCAAAAUUCAAAGUCAAUCUUUUAUUAUACUAAUGCUCAAGAUAAACUUGAAAUUUUGCCAAUGCCAUUGGCCAUGAUUGAUAAAAUACGACAAGAUGUUCAUAAUUUAAUGAACAAAAAACAAAAGAGAAAACAUUUUGAUAGUACAACUAGUGAUAGUGGCGAUACCAGAGUUAUCCAUCCAAAUAAACAUACAACAGAAGCUAAUGAUCUUAGCUCGUAUAAAUAUCGUAAACGUUCGUAUCGGAAAAGUAACCAUGAACGCCACGAAUGGUCAUUUUCAUCCGAUGAAGAUUAUUAUGUGCCAGGAUCGGCUGAAAUUUUAACCAUGUCAAACUCUGUCGAUAGUUUAAAUUAUCAAUUUUACACAUUGACCCGACUAGAUCAUUUUUGUGUAACGCAUUUAAAACUUCAAUUACCAGUUCAAAUUCGCAAGUUUCAACACAACGCUGAGUUAGAAUUAUCGCUUCACAGAGAGAACUUGUAUCAAUUCUUUAGAUACAUCAGAAAUAAUGCGGAGUUUUUGAAAAUAAUCGAAGACUGUGCUCAACAGUGUUUAUCAAUAGGUGAUAUUCAUGAACAUAUCACACGACUAGUUCAUCAAUUAAAAGUCAUCAAGAAAACGUCAGGCUUUACGCCUUAUCGGUUCAUCGAAGAAUAG